AUGGCUUCUAGAAAACGGUCUCCACAUGAUUUCUUAUUCAGGGAAGAACUAGGCCAUGGCUCUUAUUCAACUGUUUACAAAGCUAUUGACAAGCGCAAUGCAAAUAAGGUGUAUGCUAUCAAAGUUUGCUCUAAGGCACAUAUAAUACAAGAAUCCAAAGUGAAAUACGUUACCAUUGAAAAAAAUACGUUGAACCUGUUGGCAAAGGCAAAACAUCCAGGAAUUGUGAAACUUUACUAUACAUUUCAUGACCAGGAAAACUUAUAUUUUGUAUUAGAUUUUGCUGCAGGGGGUGAGUUGCUUUCAUUAUUACAUAAAUACACAAAGUUCAAUGAAGUCUGGGCAAGACAUUUUACUGUUCAAUUGAUUGAUACAUUACAAUACAUCCAUUCUCAAGGGGUCAUUCAUCGAGAUCUGAAGCCGGAAAAUGUUCUAUUGGAUAAGGAAGGUCGGUUAAUGAUCACUGAUUUUGGCGCAGCUGCCACUUUCAACUCUGAACAGGAUAGCAAAGGUGUUUCAGGGAGUAGUAGUACGUCUUCAUUUGUUGGAACUGCUGAAUAUGUUUCUCCCGAGCUUCUGUUAUACAAUCAAUGUGGUUUCGGGUCAGAUGUUUGGGCUUUAGGUUGUAUGAUCUUUCAAUUCAUCGAAGGCCACCCACCAUUUAGAGGAGAAAAUGAAUUGAAGACAUUUGAGAAAAUAGUAGCUUUGGACUAUACGUGGAAUUCUAAUAACAAUAGCACUACUGCUGUCAACACAAAAUCAAAUCCCAUUAUUGUUAAUCUCGUUCGAAGGAUACUUACACUCGAUACAAAAUCAAGAAUGUCAUUGAAGGAAAUUCAACUAGAUGUUUGGUUCCAAAAUGUAGAUUGGAAUGAUAAAGCAGAAAUAUGGAAAGGUAUUUGGCAGAUUCAACAAACUUAUAACAAUUAUCCACUAAGUUAUUCAUACCAACACAAUAUGCCGAAUCGACACCUUCACGUCAUAGAUAUUCCUUUAAAAAACAUAGCAAUAACGAAACAAAAAAAGAAAAAGCCUAUGAAAGCAGCAAAUACUACCAAUAGCAUUGUUGAGUGGAGAAAAAAACUAGGAAUAUCCAACGGGCCAAAACAAAAUAUGUUUACUCCACCUAUAUUGCUCGAUACAAUGGCCACUCCUGUAUCAAAUAUGAAAAAUGUGCCCCAACAAAAUAAUGUUAAUAAUAUUCCAGCUUCAAACAAUGGCAACACUACAGUACCAGCACCAUCAAAUUACAUUCAACCACCUCUAAACACUACUGUAACGUCACAUUCAAGAUCGGUACCCAGCCUGUUUCCACUUACACCCAACUUUCCCAAACAAAAUAGCAUUAUAACACCUCAGCCAAUUCAAAGAGAGGCCGUUUUGCAACAGACAAACAAUCAACUAGCUCACACUUUCCCUAUUGAAUCCAUAUCUAAUGACAACAUCAUAGGAAAUACUAUUAAUGAUGGUCAGUUUGCUCAAAACCAGGUUAUUUCUACAAAAAUCGAAGCUAUAGUACCUCCUAAAAAAAUACUCAAGCAAGAUUUUAUUUAUAUGCACGCAAUCCCUUAUAAGGUUAACGGUCCAAAAAUGUCAAUGCAAAGUUACAACCUGAUUGAUAAUGAAUUAAUAACAUCCUUAGUUACGCAAAACAAAUCAGCAUUAAAGUCCUCAGCGAAGAUACCAAAGUUGCUGACUCUAUCUGAAGACGGCUAUCUUUCAUAUUAUGAUGAUUUUGCAGGAUCCGAAAAGUGUGAUAUGGUUAACAUUGGGGAUUCUGAUCUUUCAAUGUACGAUUUUGAAUUUGAUGAAGUAACGAGAAAGGGCUACUUAAUAUUGGAAAAAUAUAAAUAUAUGAUUUGGUUUAUCUCAUUACCUUCAUUCUCUGCAAUAUCGUCAUUGUCACCUUCUCCUCAUGUUGCGACCACAACGUCCGUCAACUCUGUUGUGGUUAACAUUGCAGAAAAUUGGGUUGAUUGUUUUUUCAGGGCAAGACAAUUAUUAGAUGAAAAAGAGCUAUUAGACAAGAUGGGAAGGAUUUCAAUUAGUGCGGAAUCUGGACAAGUUUCAGGAACAACACCUACGUCCUAUAAUCCAAGCCCAACUACGACUUCAUUCACUUCCUCAGAGCCAAGCCCAAUUAAUGAUCUCCACAUUCCUAAUAAAUACAUAAAUGCGUCACAUAAACAGAACAGCUUUUUAGUUCCUACUGAUGCUGUAACUCAAAAGAUGUCAAAGAAUGAUAAUGCGAGGAAUAAAAGACUUCAAGUACCAGGGCCUUUUCCUCAGACGACCCCCGCUGGUACAAAAACUCAAAUAGGCUUAGCCUCUCAAGAAAAUAGGAGAAUUGCAUCUGAUGCUAUUAACGCCUCAAAUUACGGUCGCAUCACUACUAGCCCAAUUCUAAAUGGAAGAGAACAACGCUCUGGUGUACCGUCACCAAAGAUUCCUAACAGGACAACUUCUACAGCUUCUCCAGGGGCGCCCUUCAAAAAAUAUAAUGUACCCAAGAAUCUUGUCGUUAGUAGUAGUAGGUACGAAGUUAUUCAUGCCCUGAAUGGGUUUUCAAAUUUUGAGCAAUCAGCCGCAAGUUCUGGUGCAUCUGCCGCUUUUAAGAACUUACAACGACAAAAAGAAUCUAGUAAUAGAAGUAACAAUACAAGAAGGUCUAGUGCAACUCAAAAAUAG